AUGGAGGAAGCGGAAUUUUUCGACGCUGUCUGGGAUGCAGCAGUAAAAAUAUUCGGAAGACAGACCAGAAGAGAUCCCUUCUGGCUUCGAGAUGAUCCAUCAAUUGUAGUUUGGACUCGUCUCUUUGUCACAUUGAUCAAUGAAGGUGUAGAUGUUCACAGACUCAGUACAUGGAUUCUCUGGAACGACUUUCCCUCUUGGUAUAAGCCCUUGUACAACACCGCGCUUUCCUGGAUUCUUAGCAGCUCCGAAUGUCAUCGAGAGGUUGAGGCCGCUCUUUCGUGCUGGUUGAAAAUCUUGUUGGCGGGCGGAAUUGACGUUGACAGGUAUCUGCAACGUGAAAAGGCUCACCUUCCGGAAAACGUUUCACCGUAUAAUCACAAUUGGGCGGCUUGGAAACGAAUGAUUUGCACAAAAAAAAUCGCAGGUUUCAACGUCCCUAUGUGGCGCCGAUACGUCGACCCAGACAGCAAAGCAUACGAAGCCAGAAAUGAAUUCAAAAACUUGGGCUGCCUCUUUGAAGUCGAGAUCUGGCCUGAUCUUCAUUACUUAUCAGCAUUGGAAGCAGAGGAAGAAUGGCAGCAGCACGUAUUGCUAAAAAAUUGCGAGUUAUACAGCAGUGCAGAAGAAGACUGGCCAUUUAUCUAUGACUUUGUCCGGGAUCACUGUGAAAGAGCCGAGCGGAACGUCCUUCGUCGCGAAGGGAAAGGAGCCGCAGGCGGUCUUUGUUCAAGUUUCAAAUACGCCAAGGAACUUGCUCAAGAGAGGUUCAGCAGGAGGCAGGCAAGAAAAUCCUAUCGGUCUGGUUAUCUCAAAAGAGAAAAACGGCCGCUUAACAUACCGGGAGCUUGGCCAGAUUUGGGAUGGUAG